CACAGCCACUCCCUGUCCCACUCCCCACUCUGCCCCUUUGACUACUACAUCUACUACUGCCCAGCUCCAGGAUAGGUAACAGCCCUGCUCAGACCACUCUUCUCAGACCCCUGUACUCUUCCAGGACCUGGGCCCUGCCUUGUACCUCUCUGCCGCCCUCCUCUGACUAUCCUAUGACCGUGACCAUGGCUGACAUCAACAACGGUUAUGAACAGAAGUUCCAGACGGACAGACAUCAUAAAGAGAUUGACCUGAUCAACAGAGACCCCAAGCAAGUCAACGAGGAUGUAGUGAAGGUGGACUUUGAGGACGUGAUCGCUGAGCCUGACGGGACUCACAGUCUGGACGGGGUGUGGAAGGCCAGUUACACCACCUUCACUGUGUCCAAAUACUGGUGCUACCGUAUCCUGUCUGCCAUUUUGGGGAUCCCCAUGGCUCUACUGUGGGGUUUCCUAUUUGCCUGCCUCUCCUUCUGCCACAUCUGGGCUGUGGUGCCGUGCAUUAAGAGCUGCAUGAUAGAGUCCCAGUGUUUCAGCCGUAUCUACUCCCUGGCCAUACACAUCUUCUGCGACCCACUAUUUGAAGCCCUGGGAAAGAUAUUCUCAAAUGUUCGGGUGGUGCUACAGAAGGAUGUGUAAGGUUCAGAAGCAUGGGUCAGAUUAAUAAUUGGAUAGGGUAGUGAUGGUGCUGCACUGUCUACUCUCCACUCUAAAGUAGGCCACUUCCCUGGCCACAUGUCUGGUUACUGAUGCUGGGUCUGACUCAUUUUCCAAAAAGAGCUUGUGAUUGAUAGAGAUUAGUGUGUUCAAUCGGAAGACAAAAAGAAUAGUGCUCUUAAUUUGACCUCUCUUUUGUUGCUGAGAAUUGCAAAUGUUUAGUGUAUUCAAGGUUUAAAAUGCCUUCUAAAAAUUUUAAUUCCCACUUUAAAAUGUCAGAAUUUACUUUAAAAUGUUUCAAGUCCCUGUUGUUGCAGGAUUAUUUUCCUGCUGUGGCAAACUGCCUUAAAAUAAGGUCCUACUGUACAUUUGUACAUGUAGAUGGGGGGUCAAUUAUGGUCUAUACAACAUGGUACACUACAAAAAACACUCAUCCAUGAUUGAUAUAAUGGUAUUCCAUACUUUAUUUUACAAACUUUAUUUAAAAAAAAAGAUAUGUUGUGUUAUUUUUUAUUUUUGUAAUUGUUUUUAGUCAUUUUUCACACAUUGAUUCUACAACAAAUGAAUUAUUGUAACAGUUAGCUGUUAUGUCAGUCUUUAGCGCUAGUUGUGACUUGCCUACAGUACGUAAUUGAUAUAGAAAAUAUUUAGUGAAAGAAUUCCCAGUAUGUUCAGGCAAGGGUGAGGCCAGAUGGAUCUGCACACUCAUGUCUUAGUACCAAUGGGGAACAUUAUACCUAAUGUAUCUAUUUGUUGAAUGAUAUGGAAAUGCAAUCUAUAGGAACUGACAGCAUGUUUAGCCAUAACAGAAAAUAAUCUUAUGACCCAGAGAUGAAAUGUAUAAAGACGCCACGUUUGGUCUUAUUCAACCCAGGUAACCAUCAACAAAGGAUGAGGAAUAUUCUGUAAUCUGAUCCAAAGAUACACCAUAAAAUCCAAUUUUAGAUAAAGAA